GGCCGAGGUUCAGUUUCAGUUUGCGGAAUGCUGCUCCUGACUUGUUGCCAUGUAGGUCUCUGUGCAUGCGUACUGGCCGCGCAGUGUGCUGGAGAGUUGCAGAGUCAUGUUGGGGAACAAAUUCCUCCCCGCCACCAGCACCACCAGCACCAGCACCACCACCACCUCCGCCGCCGCCGCCGCCUUUGGACGUGUGCCCGCGGGGACGCAGAACAGCAGCGACGCUCGCAGCUCCGCGCAUUUUAGCCUUCGGUGUGCACAAUGAGUCGCUGCUGCUGGUUUCCGCGCAGGACGUGACGAGCCUCGGUCGGGGAAGACCUCCUGCUGGCGGGCGAGAUCGUGCGUAAAACUCCCCGAAGUGAUUCGCGCGAGCUGGUGCUCUCGUGCGAUGGUGGGGUUUUAACAGCUGUCGUGGAGUUGUCGCUUCAGGAUAAGCAUCACAACAGAAGUGCUUCAAGAAAUCCCUGCCAGGACACAUGUGAUUGAGCAGUUACACACACUUGCCGGCCGCUUCCUCUCCUCCUGUCGAGCUCUAAAUUGCAGAGGACUCUGUGAGAUGUCAGAAUGGAUUACUUUCAAAACCCUGAAACCUGAAAAGUCUGGACCAGCAGCUGUUUAAUGAACGUGGUUUGACUUUGGGAAGUGUCUGAACCUGAUUCAGAGGCUGUCAGUCAUGUUGGAGCCUAGGUCUGUGGAUGAGGGACCAGGCUGCGAGUUUGUUUACCCGCCGUGUUUGUGCAGAGAAACAUAUGAGCUGAACGGAUUUCAUGUAGCAACUGGCUUUUUCUCUGGACUGCUCGCUCUGUGUGGCUGGGAUCACCAAUGGAUAAUAAACUGCUCACUUCCCUAAGUUCUUGUCUCCUUUCUGAAUGGAUUUUUUUUGUUAAACUUCAGCCAAAAUGGAGGAACUGAGGACAUCUGCUCACUGGAGCCUUUACACGGAUGAAUCAAAGACCAAAGGAAUUUCCUCUGUUGAUCGUCUGACCCCUAUGGGAUAAGAACUUCACUUUUUGAACUGCACAAGACUGUAAGACUGAACAGGUAAUUUAUCGAAAAGAUCUGAAGGACUUCUCUCCCAGAAUGCAUUGCCCCAUGAGGAAGAAACGUCCCACGCGUGACUCUGAUUUCUCGGCCAUCGCGGUCCCCUCCAUGCAUGGGUCCGGGUAUCUGGACUACACGGUGGAGACCCACGCUUCCAGAUGCCUCAAAGUCAUGGAGGAAUUCAGACGGCAGGAGAUGCUGUGUGACCUGGUGCUGCAUGUCGCAAACAAAGACAGGACAGUGGACUUCAAGGUGCACAGGGUGGUACUGGCCUCCUGCAGCCCCUACUUCAGAGCCAUGUUCACCAGCAGCUUCAAAGAGUGUUGCGCCUCAGAGGUCACCCUGCGUGACGUCUGCCCCCAGGUGGUGGGAAAGCUUAUAGACUUUGCCUACACCUCCCACAUCACAGUGGGAGAGAAGUACGUGUUGCACCUUCUGUUGGCUGCUAUGAGGUAUCAGAUGGAGGACGUGGCCAAGACAUGCUGUGAUUUCCUCACCAAGCACCUGGAGCCUGCGAAUGUCAUCGGCAUCGCCCGCUUUGCUGAGGAGAUCGGCUGCUCAGAGCUGCACCAGCAGAGUCGAGAGUACAUCAAUACACACUUCAGUCAGGUGACUAAAGAAGAUGAGUUCUUCAGUCUCUCUCACUGCCAGCUGCUGGAGCUCAUCAGCCAGGACAGUCUGAAGGUGCUCUGUGAGUCUGAGGUGUAUAAAGCCUGCACAGACUGGGUCCGCUGGGAUAUGGAGGGUAGAGCCCAGUAUCUACAUGCCCUCCUGAAUGCGGUUCACAUCUACGCCCUGCCUCCUAAGUUCCUGAAGAACCAGCUCCUGUCCUGCCCCAUCCUCAGCAAGGCCAAUUCAUGCAAGGACUUCCUGUCUAAAAUCUUCCAGGAUAUGACACUGAGGAAGCUUCCUCCUGCACCUAACCGUGGAACUCAGCUCAUAUAUGUGGCCGGCGGAUACCAGCAGCAUUCACUGGCCUCCAUGGAGGCGUAUGAUCCCAGAGGGAAUGUCUGGCUAAAACUGGCAGACAUGGGGUCUCCGUGCAGCGGCCUGGGAGCUUGUGCACUGUUUGGACUGUUCUACACUGUUGGAGGCAGGAACCUGUCGCUUCAUAACAACACAGAGUCCAGCUCCCUGUGCUGCUACAACCCGAUGACCAACCAGUGGAGCCAGCGAGCCUCCCUCAACAUCCCCAGGAACAGGGUCGGGGUGGGCGUGGUGGACGGCUGCAUCUAUGCUAUCGGAGGCUCCCAGGGCUCCACGCAUCACAACACGGUGGAGAGGUGGGAUCCAGAGUCUAAUCGCUGGUCCUUUGUUUGCCCGAUGACGGUGGCUCGUCUGGGUGCAGGAGUGGCGGCGUGUGGGGGGGCUCUGUAUGUGGUGGGUGGAUAUGACGGGCAGAACCGCUGGAACACUGCUGAGAAAUACCAGCCUGACACUAACACCUGGCACCAGCUGGCACCUAUGAACACUAUACGCAGUGGACUGGGACUGGUGUGCGUGAACUCGUACCUGUACGCGAUAGGAGGGUACGACGGGCGGAGCCAGCUGUGUUCCGUGGAGCGUUACAACAUAACCAGGAACCAGUGGGAACCCAGGGCCUCCAUGCAGUACUGCCGCAGUGCACAUGGAGUCACAGUCCACCAGGGACGCAUCUUUGUCCUCGGAGGUUUUAACCAGCAAGGCUUCCUGUCCAGUGUUGAAUGUUACUGCCCAGAGAGAAACGAGUGGACGUGCGUCACCGACAUGCCCGUUGGACGCAGCGGCAUGGGCGUCGCUGUUACCAUGGAGCCCUGUCCCGGCAACCUGCCGGUGCAGGAGGAGGACGAGGACGGAGCCACGUAGGACGAAAUCUGCUCGAGCCUCAAGUGUUGAAUGCGGCUGUAAGUGGUGCUGCUUUUCAAGACAGAGUAAAGUGCAUUAAGUUCAAAACAAAAAACAUUCCAGUGUGGAAACUUGUUGCAUAUCCCCGACCUGAUGGACCUCGCUUGUGUCGCAGCGCCAAGCACUGCUGGUAUAGUUUGUACGGAAACGCUGAAGAGGACGAAUGAUAAUUCUACAUCUGCCAGGGGAGCGAGUGAUGCAGACAAACUGGCAGCAUGACGGUGACCUGGCAGAGAACAAGGUGCUACACAUGUAAUCUCACACGAUGGAACUAUUUAAUUAAUUAAUGUAAUUCCACUGCUGUUUCUAAUCUCUCAGUGUUCAAUUUUUUUCUAACUUCACAAAGUUUAAAUAUCCUUCAGUGUCCUUAUUUCUAAUUCCUCUCUUGGUGUUGCAUCUCUACCUCUGACUGUGUGUUAAUGAGCACUUUUCUGUGUUUUCUUUAUUUUGUGCCAAUAUAGUUUCACUCAAAACUGCCAUUUGUUUGAACUGUAUUAUUAUUUUUUGUGCAUUCACCAUAUUUUAUGUUAUAUAUGUUAUAAAUAAAGUUAAUCAAGUGUGUGAAAUA